GCUCAUCUAUCAUGACGUGAGCCAAGACUUCUACGACCUGCUGAACUUCCCAGACUCCCCGGACCACCACCUAACCCCUGACCCUGUCGACCCAGUCGACCACGCCCCCGAGGAGGACGGCUCCAUCCCUGGCUCAUCAGGCCACACCCCUGGCCCGCCCUCUCCCCUCCCCUUCCCCCUUCCCCCGGCCAACAUGAAGAGUUUCCAGAAAGACAUCCUCAGACUGAUGAUGGAUGGGAUCAAGAUCAGUCUGGGCAGUACGGGCCGUGGUGGGGCCCCCAGGCAGCAGUGGAGGAGGAUCCUGUGGUCAUGUCGGGACACCUUCAGGGUUCAGAUCGGACGUCUCUUGGUGCACACCCUCUCCCCUGCAUUACCCUCCCAGGGACAGGAAGGAGGCUCUAGAGUUGUGUUCGACCCUGCAACCCUGACUUCCUCAAGGAGAGCCUCAGCCCCGG